GGCUUGGUCCCGUGCCUGCGCCCCGCGAACGCGCAUCAAAUUAGCAUCGAUGAAGUUUGUGCGAACAUGGCGGAUUUCCUGCCGACCAGGUCCGUGUUAAAAGUUUGUCUACCCGUCUGCCUGCUGAACGGGGGCGAAGUUGAACAGCUUCGAAAGUCCAAGGAGAUCGACAGAUGUCUCUCCCGGGAGAAAACGUACGUGAAGCGGCUGGUGAAGAUCUUACUGCUCGGCGCUGGCGAGAGCGGCAAGUCGACUUUCCUCAAACAAAUGCGGAUCAUCCACGGGCAGGACUUCGACCAGCAAGCCCAGGAGGAGUUCAGAGCCACAAUUUACAGCAAUGUAAUCAAAGGUAUACGUGUGUUGGUUGACGCCCGUGAGAAGCUGCAUAUCCCGUGGGGUGAACCGGACAAUCAGAAGCAUGGAGACGGUGUGAUGGCGUUCGACACCCGGUCGGCAAAGAUGGCCAUCGGGCAGCUGGAGACCUCCGUGUUCUUGCGGUACUUGCCUGCCAUCAAAGCUCUGUGGGCCGACUCGGGCAUACAGUACGCCUAUGAUCGUCGUAGGGAGUUUCAGCUGGGUGAGUCAGUGAAGUAUUUCUUGGAUAAUCUGGAUAAGCUUGGCGAGCCGGACUAUCUCCCCUCUCAGCAGGACAUCCUGCUGGCUCGUAAACCCACCAAAGGAAUCCACGAGUAUGACUUUGAGAUCAAGAGCGUUCCCUUCAAGAUGGUGGACGUGGGCGGGCAGCGGUCAGAGCGUAGGCGCUGGUUUGAGUGUUUCGACUCAGUCACCUCCAUCCUCUUCCUCGUCUCCUCUUCUGAAUAUGACCAGGUGCUAAUGGAGGACAGGCAGACCAACCGGCUGCGUGAAUCACUAGACAUCUUCGAAACCAUUGUCAACAACCGCGUCUUCAUCAGCGUCUCCAUCAUCCUCUUCCUCAACAAGACGGACCUGCUGGAGGAGAAAGUGAAGAGCGUUGUGCUCAAGGACUACUUUCCCGAGUACACUGGGGAGGAGCACAACCUGCCGGACGUCCAGGCGUUCAUGGUGGAGUGCUUCCGGGCCAAGAGACGCGACGCCACCGUGAAGCCCCUGUACCACCACUUCACCACGGCCAUCAACACGGAGAACAUCAGGCUGGUGUUCCGGGACGUCAAGGACACCAUCCUGCACGACAACCUCAAACAGCUCAUGCUCCAAUGACCCCUGUCAACCUGUGAAAAAUAGACAAACCCGCCCUGUGCUCCUCCUCAACGAGGACUCGGGAGAGACCAGUCUCAGAAAAAUCCAAUAGACGUCAGCGUUCUUAUUCAGCUGUUUUUAUAUUAGUUUUUACUCUCCUCUUCGAAGAGUUAGCCUUCUUGUUAGUUUGGUAUGGGACCGAGUCAGUAGGGCAGACUGUCUGUGGUUAUAAAGAAAGACGAGCAGGCCAAUAAGAUAAUAUCUAAUCUUGUGCUGCUUUCUUUCGAGAGUCUGUCCUCUGGCCUGAGCGCUGACUUGAAGCACAAAGACUCGCUGCAGGUUUUCCACUAACAAGGUGCCGGUGAUGGUGCCAAUGCCAGCACCUGGAUGUGGAAAUGUUGUACAAAGCGGGCACAUGGCCUCUCAAUCAGAUACACAAUCUGCCAAACAACAAAUUCAAGAACGAAUAUUUAAACAUGUAUGCAAAUGACAGUUAGACAAAUGCACCAAGCUCAGCUGUGCGUACGUUAUAAUGCCAGUCUGUGUCCAAGCACUGAAUUAAACUAUUCCAAAAUCACUCCUUUAUUUCUGCAGCAACCUCCAGUACUGCAUCUUGAACAUUGUUUCAAAGCCCCUGUAGUUUGUAGAAGGGUUUGCCAACUGAUCUGGAGACUGCACAAUUGUCCUUUUUUCUCAUAUUACAGCCUUCUUCUCCCGUCCCAGUCAUUACUUAUCCUGGACUGAGAUCAGCAGGCUAGAAGUGCCAUCACAGAGCCAUUUUUGCAGAGAGAAUCACCUGUUUUUACUGAAAGUGGCUCAGAACGGUUAAAUAUUUGAGGUUGAAAAUGGCUCCAGCACUGUCACCUUGUCUUGAAAAAUGCUAGAAAAUGACUGUAAGACUGAACCGGAAAUGCCUUUCCAUAUAAUGUCUUAUGUUGACCUAAUCACUGUUUAUAUCCUGCAUUUGUGCCUCAACAGAAUUAAAAGCCAAUCCUAGCUCUGCGUUUGACAGAUAAUUAAGUAGAAGUUUUCAUGUCCUUCGGUUGUUUUAGUUGUUUAGGACAAAAUUACCUUAAAUGGCACAUUAGGCAGGUGUGCUAGCAAGUGAACAUGCAGUCCACUGUUUUCUCAGGUUUGAAUCAGAACCAGCGUUUAAUGCUGAUGAUGUUGGUGAACUAACUGAAUCAUUUAAUCUUUAUCUGGGUGGCAGAGUGGUGAGACUCAGCCAGGUUCCGAGUACAGUUAGCUGGGUGGUUUUUGGUACUGUAUCCUCAUGGCUUUGACCCCUGAAUGUUGACCCAGAAUCCCCCCCUUUCUUUCUUUCUUUUUUUUCUAUCUCUGAUUAGAUGCCUUGUAAAUGGACAGACCUCCCCUGUUUGCCUGGAUGAUGAAUGUCUGUUAAUAGAUGUACAGAGAUUUGCUCUAGAUUGUAUGAUAAUACAGUAACCAACAUUGUGAUAGAAAGCUGUAACUGACCGAGUUGUCUCCAGGGUUAGAAGAUUUGUCCCUUUUAAAACAAAUGUAGACAGAAAAAACGUCUAGAGUUGAGUACUCUGUCAAGACUGUUCUGUAGGGGGCCAGUCUUUUAUAUUAAAAUCAUUUUUUUCUGCCAAAUCACCAUAUGCUUUAACAUCAACAGUAUCUAGUUUUUCUCCCAGAAUAAAGCUCCCGCGAGCGUUAGUUUGCUUCCAGUUCUGGCUUUGUAUAUACUGUAAUCUGUUGCCAUGUAAAUAAUAUUCAGGUUUAUCUCUGUAUAUGUAAAUGGUUGUAGAAAUUGAGAUUUCUUUUCCAUUCUGAAUGUGUUUCAAAUCACUGCUUUUCCAAUGAAGAUGACCUUUUUAUGUUUUGGAUGUAUUUUUGUGUAAUUUUUUCCUCACCUUAAAAUUCAUUCCUGUGCCAAGUCUCAUGCCACUCUAACCUUAUCAAUAAAAUAAACUUUUCUAAUGAGA